AGGCUAUAAAAUUGAAAGGCCUGUAAAAUAAAGCAUUACCAAAAACCAGAAAAAUAUAGGCCUACAUUUGUCCUAUACGCAAACAUACACACACACAUGAUGCACUCUAUUAUAUAACUGGAUAACUAUAAGUUAACUUACAUAACAAUAACAAAAGCUGUUCAUUCAGUUCGCUAAUCAUCACUCAUACAGACACACAUUCAAAGAGUGUAUGUCUGUGUGUGAUAAAAACACACACGCACACACAGGAUGUGUUGCGUUGCCGCGGAUUCCCGCCCUGCUUCCUAACCGCGGUCAGCCUUUUAUAAUUCACUCAUGAGCUACAUCUAUUCUUACAACUGGAUGAAUCCCAUCCGCUUGCUGUGAAAUCAGACUGACCUCCUCGUCACAGCACUCCUCUUCCCUCCGACGCCACGCGACCUUGUGACUGUCAGCCAAUCGGACCAAUAACUGCCGGAAUCCCCACUCUUUACGCAUCCCAACGACCAAUCAGAACCCGGGUGGGCGGAAUCACGGUGGGCCCUGGUAUUCAGGUUUGGUUGCAAAGAUAGCCUUUACUCGCUGUGAGAAGUGACUUGCUGCUAAGGAACACAUCAGGACGGAUACUACCACACCUAAAAAGCAGCCUCCUCGACUGUUGGAUACCGUUCGGGAAAUAUUUUGAAGCGGUCAACAUGAAUUUAUUCUUUACCUUUUAACGGAAUGGAUUUUGAAAAGACCUAACCUGGAUGGUUUGCUGUACAAGUGUUGCUACAAGCCUACUGGUGGAGUUUGCCAACUUUUGAGGAGGUCACAUCAAGUCUUUUAAGAGGGGAACUAACUUAAAGCCAACAUGGAUCAAGCCAGCGGUGGGGAGGACCCGAAUAAAUCCUCUAAAAAGAAGUCCAGUGAGGAUGAGGGCAAAAACAAAAAGCUGAACAUACACAUAAAAACAUUGGCUGAUGAUAUGCGUGAUCGUAUUACCAGUUUCAGAAAAACAGGGAUGAAGAAGGAGAAGCCCCUUAUACAGCACCCUACAGAUCCCCUCUCUACCCAGACUGAACUGCCGGUUCCUCAGCCCCUAUUUGAUGACCGCUCCAUGAACCUCUCAGAAAAGGAGAUUAUUGACCUCUUUGAGAAGAUGAUGGAGGACAUGAACCUGAAUGAAGAACGCAAAGCCCCCCUGCGUGGAAAGGACCUAAGCACCAAACGUGAGAUGGUAGUCCAGUACAUCUCAGCCACUGCUAAAUCCAUAACUGGGAGCAAAGUUGCGGGUGGACUAAGGAACAGCAAGCAUGAAUGUACACUUUCAUCCCAAGAAUACGUCCAUGAGCUGCGUUCUGGCAUCACAGAAGAAAAGCUGCUUAAUUGCCUGGAGUCCCUCAGAGUGUCUCUCACAAGUAACCCCGUCAGUUGGGUUAAUAACUUCGGUCAUGAGGGUCUUGGCCUUCUUCUGGAUGCUCUGGAGAAGCUGUUGGACAAGAAACAGCAAGAGAAUAUCGAUAAACGGAACCAGCAUAAACUCAUCCAGUGCUUGAAGGCUUUCAUGAACAAUAAGUAUGGACUGCAAAGGAUCUUGGGAGACGAGCGAAGCCUGUUGCUACUGGCACGAGCGAUUGACCCCAAACAGACCAACAUGAUGACAGAGAUUGUCAAAAUUCUCUCUGCUUUCUGUAUUAUUGGAGAGGAAAACAUCCUGGAUAAGAUUCUAGCUGCAAUGACAAUUGCUGCAGAGAGGAACAAUAAAGAGAGAUUUGCUCCAAUUGUGGAAGGACUGGAGAACCAUGAGGCCCAGCAGCUCCAGGUUGCUUGCAUGCAGCUGAUCAACGCCCUGGUUACCUCUCCGGAUGACCUAGACUUCCGGAUACAUCUACGCAAUGAGUUCCUAAGAUGUGGCCUCAAGAAGAUCCUACCUGAGCUAAAAGAGACAGAGGAGCUAGACAUCCAGCUGAAGGUAUUCAAUGAGAACAAGGAGGAGGACUCUAUCGAACUCUCACAUCGCCUGGAUGACAUCCGUGCUGAGAUGGAUGAUAUGAGUGAGGUGUACCAUCUCCUGUCCAAUAUGGUGAAAGACACUGGGUCAGAGGCCUACUUCCUGUCAAUCCUCCAGCACCUAUUGCUCAUCAGGAAUGAUUACUACAUCAGGCCUCAGUACUACAAGGUGAUCGAAGAAUGCGUGUCUCAGGUGGUCCUGCAUCGCAGUGGGAUGGACCCUGACUUUGGCUACAGUAAACGAUUGGAUGUGGACUUCACCCACCUGAUCGAUCAGUGCGUAGAUAAAGCCAAAGUUGACGAGAGUGAGCAGAAGGCUGCAGAGUACUCCAAAAAGUUUGAUGAGGAGUUCAGUGCACGGCAGGAGGCCCAGGCUGAGUCUCAAAAGAAGGAAGAGAGAAUCAAAGAGUUAGAGGGGAAGAUCCAGGCCCUGGAGUCCCAGGUUAAAGCCGGUCCAACUGCGCCCGGAGCACCACCUCCACCUCCUCUACCAGGGGGUGCAGCAGCUCCACCUCCUCCUCCACCCCCUCCUCCUCCACCUCCACCGGGUGGCUGUCCUCCACCUCCUCCACCUCCUCCUCUCCCUGGCCAUGCCGGCAUUCCACCACCACCACCUCCUCCUCCAGGUGGAGGACCUCCACCUCCCCCCCCACCCCCUGGGUGUGGACCCCCACCACCUCCGCCUUUCUUUGGGGGCCCAGGUGGGCCUCCGCCACCUCCAGCAUUGCCUGUUGUUAAACUGCCUUAUGGACUGCAGCCCAAGAAGACCUACAAGCCUGAAACUGUGAUGAAGAGGGUCAACUGGACCAAGAUAGUGCCUCAGGAAAUGGCAGAGAAUUGCAUCUGGAUCAAAGUCAAAGAAGAGAAGUUUGAGAAUCCUGACCUAUUUGCUCAGCUCUCCCUCUGCUUCUCUUCACAGAGCAAAGUGAAAAAAGAUGUGAAAGAUGAGACUGAUGACAGAAUGCCACAAUUCAAGAAAAAGGCAAAAGAGCUUCGCAUCUUGGAUGCCAAGACAGCACAGAAUCUUUCAAUUUUCUUGGGCUCGUUCCGCCUGCCUUAUGAAGAGAUCCGGGACAUUGUGCUGGAGGUAGACGAGGAAAGACUGAGCGAAUCACUCAUCCAGAACCUGAUAAAGAACCUGCCAGAGCAGAAAGAGCUGAAUUCGCUAGCGGAACUAAAGGGUGAAUAUGAAGAGCUGGUGGAGUCGGAGCAGUUUGGCAUUGUGAUGAGUUCAGUAAAGCUCCUACGACCACGUCUCAACGGCAUCCUGUUCAAGCUGACGUUUGAGGAGCAGGUGAAUAACAUCCGGCCAGACAUCAUGAAUGUGACAUUCGCCUGUGAGGAGGUGAAGAAGAGUGACGGUUUUAGCAAGCUGCUGGAGCUGGUGUUGCUGGUUGGCAAUUACAUGAAUGCUGGCUCAAGGAAUGCCCAGACAUUUGGUUUCAACGUCAACUUCCUCUGCAAGCUUCGAGACACUAAAUCCAUCAGUCAGAAUACAACACUUCUUCAUUUCCUGGCUGAGAAGUGUGAAGAGACUUAUCCAGAGAUUCUGAGGUUUCCAGAUGAGCUGGAGCAUGUGGAGAAUGCCAGUAAAGUGUCUGCUGAGAUCUUAAAAGGCAGUUUGACCACCAUGGAACGUCACAUCCAGAGGCUUGAGAACGACAUCGAGAACUUCCCUAAAACGGACGACCAACAAGAUAAGUUUGUGGAAAAGAUGUCGGGCUUCUGCAAGCAUUCACGGGAGCAGUAUGAAAAACUGUCCACCAUGCACAAGAACAUGCAAAAGCUCUACGAGAGCAUAGGCAGCUAUUUUGCCUUUGACCCCCACUCGGUCAGUGUGGAGGAUUUCUUCGGAGAACUGGCCCACUUCCGCAUCCUCUUCUUGGAAGCAGUGAAGGAGAACCACAAGAAGAGGGAGAUGGAGGAGAAGAUCAAGAGAGCCAAGCUGGCGAAGGAGAAAGCUGAGCGUGAGAAGCAGGAGCGCCAGCAGAAGAAGAAGCAGCUGAUUGACAUGAACAAAGAGGGAGAUGAAACUGGUGUCAUGGACAGCCUAAUGGAAGCUCUACAGUCCGGAGCAGCCUUCCGUGAUCGGCGAAAACGGACACCACGCAAUGGUGAUCAAAGCCCUUCCAGUCCAGCCUCUCGGUGGCCGGGUGCUAACUAUGACAACCGCCGUGCAGUCCUGGAAAGGUCUCGUUCACGCCACAACGCAAAUCACCAAGCUCGAUGAUCGCCCGCGCCUAUCAUAAGACGCUAGAUAAGUGCCAAAGAGGCCUGCGAGGAGGAGACCUGGAAGACAUCUGAAAGACGGGACAGACCAGACGUCACUGUGGCGCGCACACACACACACACACACACACAGACGCAAAACACUCUCACGCAUACACACACACAGCACCAAGUACGGAACAAAUAGGCCUAAAGAAGCCACACAGAACUAAAGGAUCUACAGUACAUCACUCACAGACAUUUAAUUUUCAUGCUGUUCGUCUGACGCCUUAUAUAUUUAUUCAUUACUUUCUCAUCACUCAAAAUGUCUGUGUCCUCUCUAGAUGGUUUGAUUCAUAGGAAAAGGAACAUUUUUUUUUUUUUUUAGGCUGCUGCUGUUGGAAAUGAAAGAUUUUCACUGCUUGAAAAUCCAUUUUGAUUUCUGCAAGCCUUCUAAUCUAAUCCUUUUUUUUUUUUUUUUUUAAACCAAAACACCAUAGUUCAUACUGUUUUGACAUGAAACAUGCAGUAUAUUAAAAAUAGACAUUCAGCCCAGAAGGACGGCACCAUAAUGUAUGCUUAUCACUCAGAAGAACAUACUGCCGCACAGAGUACAUGCAACAAAGGGCCAGUGGCCAGCUGUUCUUCACAGGAAAAAACCUGGAUUCAACACCCAUGUUGGCAGUUCUACAACCUGCUUUUCUUUCUUUUUUUUUUUUCUUUUUUUAUUGCUGAACUCUUAACUCUGUCAACCCCUCCUUCACCUCACAUGCAGGCAAUUACUAAUAGUCAAUGUACCCAGAGUCCACAUGAAUCAUUUCGUUUCAUUACAUAUCCCACAAAGCCAAAAAAGCUGGCCCCCGUCUACGCCGAUAUGUCAGAGCAUGUGACUCAUGGAUCUUGAGAGUGUAAUCUCCAUUUUGACAAGAUGCAUUUUAUUUUUAGUUCUGUAAUAUCUAACCGAUGCCUGCGGGUGCUGAUCUCUGUCCCAAGGUCACUUUUGCUGUUAACGUGAGAGACUGACACAUUUCUAAAUGCAUAUAACUGCCUGGAGGAGUUAACAUGACCGUUUGACCUUUCCCGAGGUCACACAGGUUUUCAGAGUUUGAUUAUACAAAGUCUAUUUCUCUCUUUCUUUUUUUUUGGUUAAAUAUAUGAAGGCUCUAAAAAAGAAUUACAUCUGUUUGGUCACAAAUUGUUAAAUGUUUUACUCCACUCAGAUUUACCACAACUUAUUUUCAGUGGAUGUUUUUUUUUUUUUUUCCAAAGAAAUAAGCUCUGUGGGAAAACUAAAAUACACACUUUUAGUUAAAAAAUGAUUAUCUCCUCAAAGAAACAUAUCCACAUUAAAAAAACAACGUGUAAUUAAUAGAAACAGCUAAUGUUCUACCGCUUAAAAUUCACAGUUGAGAUAUUAACAAGUAUCAUUUAUAUCAUUGAACUAAAUGCAAAGCGAAGGCUUAAUAUGAACCACAGGCCGUAUUCUGUGCAUAAAUUGAAAACCCUGUGAGUAAAAAGCAUUCAAACUCUAACGAGAAAAUCCAUGGUUUUAACACUUAAGUAUUUUAGAGUUACGCAAUGUAACACCCUAUUAAAGCCCCUGUUUCCUGUUGGGAUAUGUGAUGUCAUAGCAAAAUACUUCACAGCUGUUUUCAAUAAAUUCUCCCUCCUAAUGAAGCUCUCAGCAUCCAAACACACACCUGACGGGUUCAAACUAGUCUUUGCUGUAAGCUUCGUGUCUCUGACAGGAGCCGCUGUAGAAAACAGUUUCUUCAUGUGUACUACUUAUUCAUGUAUUCAUGCCUAGGGCAGCCCUGUCCUCUUACUGCCCUAAACUGUAAGCAGAUGCUACUAAAAACAAGGACUGACUCCACAUGGAGAGUGGGCAUGACCAGAAUAAUCGACUGAGGGGCAGAAAAGACAAGAUGAAGCUUGUCUUAGCAAGCAAGUCUCCAAACACCCUCCAAUUCCCCAGCACUAAUGGCAUAAGUGACCCUUUUACCAUAACACAAGUUACUUUAGUAAUACUAUAACUGUGCUCUAGGCUUUGUAUGUCUGUGUUUGUGUUUGUUGGAGUGUGUGUGAGCGCCAUGCCAACUCAGUAAUCGGAACAGGAACCCAGGCAAAAUAGGAUUCAGCGUGCUUGAUUCCUGGGCUGAAUAGAUGGAGAUUUUUCAUUUAAACAAUCUGCCAGUGCUGCUUGUGAUGUGUCUGUUUCAUGAUGCCUCCUCUCCCAGCCCGCAUGCUUCUAAAAAUGCAAUUUUACACAUCAUCUCGGCUCAAGGUGCAUCCACAAUGCUCAGAGAAGUCUGCAUAUUUAAAGAGACAAUAAUUCUCCCCUGAAUAUAAGGUUCAAGCAGUCACACAGAGAAAGCAUAGAAAAUGAGGUUUCCGGAUAAGGGAUUCUGCAUAGAGGGCGGCACGGUGGUGCAGUGUUUAACGCUGUCGCCUCACAGCAAGAGGCUUCUGGGUUCAAACCCACCGGCCAGCUAGAGCCCUUCUGUGUGGAGUUUGCAUUGCAUGUUCUCCCCCUUGCCUGCGAGGGUUCUCUGCGGGUACUCCGGCUUCCUCCCGCAGACUAAAAACAUGCAGGUUAGGUUAAUUGGUGAAUCUAAAUUGCCCGUAGGUGUGAGUGUGAAUGGUCGCCUGUCUCUACGCUGUGAUCGACUGGCGACCUGUCCAGGGUGUACUCCGCCUCUCGUCCAAUGUCAGCUGAGAUUGGCUCCAGCUCCCCCGCGACCCUCUAGAGGAUAAGCAGUAAAGAUAAAUGGAUGGAUGGACUCUGCAUAGAUAGGAGUUUGUAGUGAUGUGUAGUACACUGCAGAGAGAGAGAGAGAGAGAGAGAGAGAGACGUGCCGCAAAAGGCAGCGAUUUCCUUUUUCUAAUCGCAAAUCGCCCUUUGUCAUCACAUCUGUAUCGUCAGAGGCAUUGAAUAACAUCGUUUUUCUGGACAUCGAUGCUCCGUUACACAAUGCCAACGUGACAUUUGGUGUUAUUUUCACCUUGUGAUUGGAUACUCAUCAUGCCAAAAUAACCAGUGGUAUGUGGUGACAGUUACAGUAUCUAUUUCUUUCUGAAUAAUUUGACUGAAAACCUUUUUUUUUUAUUUAAUCAACUGAUAUUUCUUUUUCAACAUGUGCCAACUUUUUUUAAAACAUAGUUCUCACCAUGAUGACAGAAUAACCCUGUGUUAUCUUUUUUAUUUUAUUUUAUUUGCUUUGUUUUGUUUUUUUGUAUAUUAAAGGGAGUACAGGUCUCUUAUGAGAAAGAUUGUACAGACAUAAAAACUUUUGUUUUUUAGCCAUUGUUUAAUAAACAUUGUUGAUCCAAUUAAAAACAUCAGUCUAUGUAGGAGAUUUUGAUGUGAUUACAAAUGAUAGUCAUGUGGUAUUUCUUAUCUAAAAAUGCUUAAACAUCUUUUGUAAGAUGUAAUUUAUUAUUUGGAUUUUAAAAACACUUUUUGUAAUGAUUCCAUCUAUCAUGUGUUCGCCAUUGCAGAAGUUCCUGCUACAGUGAUCGCUGAGCACCUUUUUUUUUUUUUUUUUUCCUGAAUGACACCUCACACAGCUUUAAAACCGGUUGCCAUUCAAUAGACAAUGCACGGACACCAUGGAAUGCAGUUUCUGAAAUCAUAAGUGUUUAAAUUAUUUUUCUUUUCAUUAAAAAGAAAGCUACAGUGCAGCUAACUUUCAGCUAUUAGAGAAACUUCUACAAUGACAUCAUUCUUCAUCAUCCCUGUAAGUGAUUGUUGUAGUUCUCUCCCAACUCAUCUUUUAGGAUAAUCCCAAGUAUGUGUUUUUAUAGAAAAAUAGAAGGAGAGGUUCAUCAUUUUAGUGUGAAAACAGGCCCUUUAUGUGUUCGGGCCAAUCAUCCCAUCGUCUUUUAGCUUGUAACUAACAAACCUGAAUGAUAUGACUUGUGCUCAUGGUAAUUGUGAGAGAGAGGAGGCAGGGGUAUGAAAGACCUUAUCGAAAACUGCAAAGGUGCCAUUUUGGUGAUGUUUUGGUGGCAAGCGCUUUAAUUAAAAGAAAAGUUUGCAAUGUGACUUACACUCACUGACUUUGCACUUUACCUCACAAGAUAUUCUGCUCAGGCAGAUGAAAAAAUUGUUUGAGAUGUUUGAAUAUGACAUUGCCACUAACAGAGUGAACUAUUUGCAAAGUAUUUCUUUUGGUAAAUAGUUCCCAGCUGCCACAUAACCAAGUCUUUCCUACUUUGCUAGUGCUUACUAUUGAUUUGUGGUAGACCAAUUGCGGCUGAGUAAACAAACAAACACUCACAACGGUUUGACGAAUCCAGUCCAACCUUAAUGUGUAUGCUGCCAUAUCCCUGCCUACCUUCCUUGUUGUCAUUGAGUAUGUUUUAUUGUCUUAAAAACAUUUAUAUUUGUAACAUUUUAAGUUUAUUUGUAUCCUUAAGAACAUGAAAAAAAAAACAAAAUGGUUAUGCACACUGUCCUUCCAUAGAAUAUGUAAUGGAAUAUGAUACUAAAUAAUAACCACUUUGUUAUAUAAACUGAUUUCUGAAAGAUA